AUGAAGACACGCGACGUCGUGUCGCUCCAGCGCCUCAUCGUCGGAGCGCUUCUCUCUCUUCUCGUCUGCGCCGCGGCAGCACAGCCAACGAAAGCUACGCUGAUCAAGGAGCUUCAGGACAUGCGGCUCGCCAUGACGCACUUUAAAUACCUGGGAAGAUACACGCUCGUCGCAACCGCCAUUAAUGAAAUCCUUCCGAAACUAGACAGCUUUCCGGAGGACGCGGACCUCUCCGUACUCGGCCAGAAGACCAUUCUCAUCCCGCAAAACGCGGCGCUCGGAUCGGCCGGAGUCGGCGCGCUGGUCCAAACCGGCGGGACCCCAAACCCGGACCAGAUAGUCAAAUUCGCUACCAUGGCCCUUCUUCAUGUGCUGGACGGUGCUUUCACGGGGUCCGCGUGCGCUCUAGGGCAGAGUAACAACGCCUUGUCGUGGUCGCAGAUCGUGAAUCCGGGAAUUCACCGCGGGACGUUCUUCAUCGUGCAUGGCUAUCCACAAAACCCCAUUCUUCGGAGAAGCUUUCCGAGAGUCUCGUUCCCUCUCACCCCUGUCCGUUCGCCAUCACGCAUCGCCAUGUCGCCCCGGCCCUUCAUACUCUGCGCUUUUCUCGCUCUUCUCGUGUGCGUAGCGGAAGCGGAGGUGACGAAAUCCGCGCUGAUUAGCGAGCUUAAGAAUGCGCGCAGAUCCAUAUCGCAGUUGAAGUACCUGGGACAGUACUCGCUCGUCGCCACCGCCAUAGAUCAAGCCCUUCCGAAACUGGACGACAUUCCCGAUGAUGAGGACCUAUCCCAAGUCGACCAGAAAACCGUUCUCGUCCCGCAGAACGCGGCGCUCGGACCGGCCGGGCUCGGCACGCUCAUUAAAACGGGCGCCGCCCCGAGCGCGAAGCAAUCUAUCAAGUUCGAGAAGAUGGGUCUCAUUAAUGUGCUGGACGGGUAUUUCACGCUCGGCGAACUCAAGAAGUGCAGCAGCGUUCCGACCAUGCUGGAUGGCCGCCGGCUGAAAAAGUAUUCCGUUCCGCUGCUGAUGCGCAAAGGUACCGCGGUCGCUCUAGGGCAGAGUGGCAACGCCUUGUCGUGGUCGCAGAUCGUGAAUCCAGGGAUUUACAAAGGAAGGUUCUUCAUCUUGCAUGGCGUAGACGCUCUGCAGCAGGGGGGCUAUGCCAUAUCCUUCAAGGAGAAGCAGCAGCAGCUCAAGACCCUCAAGGCGCAGGGACGCUGCAGUGCCCACCCCAAGCUCUUCCGCACGUGGCUGUGGGAGAGCGCCUUCCAGGAAGGUUCCCUUGCGUGGGUGCCACAGCCUGGGAAGUACAUUCUCAUGGAUUGCCAGAGGAGCCAGCCCCACGAGGUCGAACGCUUCUACGACCGCCGCACCUUCCUGCACCUCCCGCACCUGCACCGCUGCUACGGACACCGCUCCGCCAUCCCGCUCCAGCAGCUUCGGGAGGAGGUUCGGGGGGCAGCGGUGAACGGGGGCAGUAGGAGCGCAGCAGCACCGGGACGAGGGAAGGGAGAGGCAGGAGGCAGCGGGAGCGAGGAGGUGGAGUCAUCUGCUGGAAAGUCUGUUUCUGAGGCGCCACAGGAAAUAGAAGAGGCAGGGAGUGAGGAGGAGGAAGGUGCAUUGAUGGUGCAACAGGUGCUGUGUCCAUACGAGGCAUGCUACAUGCAGCCAUGGACGAACAAGCCUUCUGUACUUCCGGAGCUAGAGGGCGUGGUAUACCACAACAUGACCUGGACUGCUCUCAACAUGCCGCUCUCUCAGAUAUUCUCUCUUCCCGAUCUUCGCUCACUGGGAAGCUCGCUCCUGCCAUCCGCUGAUGUCGUGCUGUUUGGAGACUCCUACCAGUGGAACCUUCAGGGAAACAUCUCGAAGAGCGUGGGGUUGCCGUUUGGGAGUAGUGGUGGUGGUGGUGGUGGUGAAUCAAAGGGUGGUGAGUGUGCGAAUCGGCUUGCAGUGCAGCCGCACCCGGCAGUGCUAGAAGCAGCCUUGGGAUUCGUGCAGCAGGUCAUAUGGAAAUCACCUGACGUUGCAUUGCCAGAGGGCAUUACAGCAGCAGCCGAUGCCUCUGCAAUGCCUUUUACUGCUGCUGUCGCUGCAGCAGGGCCUAGCAAGAGCAGUGCGGCAGAGGCCGGCGCAACCCAGCAGCAAGGCAGUGUGAGCGAUGAGAUGAUGGGCAGUGGGGGGGAGCAGAGGCAGCCGCAGCGGUACCUGGCUGUGCACUGGCGGCGGGGGGAUCUCCUGCUGCUGUAUCAGAAGGUUCUGGCGUUUCUCACUGCGGAGAACGCUGGGAGAUGCAUUGCGGAGAGGAUGGUGAGAUCGGGGAAUAUUUCCACAGUGUUUCUUGCAACGGAUGCUGAUGAGCAAGAAGUAAGGCAGCUGGAACGAGUUAUUCGGGGUCUUCUGCCUGGGGUGGAAAUUGUGCAACUGCCCGAGGAGCUGACAGGGCAGGCUUGGGCGAAGGUGCUUGAACCGGUUCGGUUUCAGAACCAGGCGUUGCUCCGGGCGAUGCUUGACAAGGCUGUCUGUGCGUUGGCUGAUGUUUUCAUGGGGACCCCGAGGUCUUCGUUCUCGACUGAUAUCGAGCGGCUGAGAACAGGAUUUAGAAUAUCCACCUGCGAAGAUGAGUACAUAUGUGAAAGCAUGCUAGGAUAG